UUGCAUUUUGUUCUGUUAUUGCAAUCAGUAAAACAGGGUUAGAAAUAGAUCAUUUCAGUUUAAUCACAAAGGGCAACCAUCAAGAGGACUCCUGCAUUUGCCACUCCUUGGCCUACAACUGACUGUUUUUUCUAGUUUUCUCAGAAAAGCUGAAACUGUAGGAAAUGACUGAAAGGCGACACAAAGAUACAUCAUCCUGGAUGUCCAAGCCUGCACCCUCAACAGAAUUAGAGGCUCAUCUAGGGAGUGUGCCUUUUACUUUAGACAAAGAACUUCUGGCCUCAAAAUCAGCUAAAGUAGCUGCCUUACUUAAGGAGAAUUCCCAUGAAAGUCUCUCUUACUUACUCCGGGACAUUCCAGCUGAUGCAGAGACUUUUGAACUUGUUGCAAGAUUCUGCCAUGGAUAUGAAGUACACAUGUCCACUGAAAAUAUUGUACCACUCAUUUGCCUGUCUUUCUACUUAGGGAUGGAUGAAAAUCACAGCAGUAACAAUCUAUUAAGCAAAGCUGUUACCUUCUUUGAACAAAGAGUCCUUCCUAGUUGGAAUGAAGUCAUCAAGGCUUUGCACGUGUCUGAAAAAUUCCUUCAACAAACAAUGCAGCUGGGUUUAUUUGAUGCCUGCUUACAGACUAUUAUUGCAAAGGCAUCAGACAAUCCCCGACUUCUUGGGGAACCGAUAAAGCUUUCAACAAACUAUAAUGAUACUGAAGAUGGUGAUGACAGUUAUAGGCCAAAUGCAAGGAGAAGGCUCUUUGUUCUUGACUGGCAAGAGGGUUUGACAACAUUGCCACUCCAACUAUAUGAGCCUAUCAUUUAUGCAAUGAAUCAGCAUGAAAUCCCACCAGAGUACAUUUCUGCAUCUAUUUAUCAAUAUGCAAAGAAGUGGAUCUUUUCCUGUGACAUUGGAGUGGAGACUACGUCAAUUUACAAGAGGAAAUCUCAAAGAAACGUCAUUGAAACGUUGGAGAGACUUUUGCCUCAUGGAAGAGAACUCCUUCCUUGCACAUUGUUGUUUGAAAUGCUCCGCGGUGCAAUUGACUUGGAAGCUAGCUCUGCUUGUAGAAAUGGUCUUGAGAUUAGGAUUGGAAAGCAACUGGACCAGGCAAAAGUGAAGGACCUAUUAAUCCCUUCUCAAGGCUAUACCAAGGAGGUGCAAUAUGAUAUUGAGUAUAUAAGGAGGAUUUUGAAAAUUUUCUAUGGAAAUUACAAGAGCUCUGAUGUUUCUGGGUUAAUCAUUGUGGCAGAACUUGUGGAAGAAUUCUUGGCAGAAAUAGCAGGUGACACAGAUUUAAUGAUAGACACUUUCAUUUCACUUGCAGAGAUGUCCAUGGCAGCAGCAUUAGGAAUACAGAGAAACUCUGAUGGAAUAUACCGGGCUAUUGACAUAUACUUGGACAAGCAUACUUACCUUACAGAGAAGGAGAAGGAACAUGUUUGCAGGGUGUUGGAUUUUCGAAAAUUGUCUCCUGAAGCUUGUGAACAUGCAGCCAAAAAUGAACGACUGCCUGUGAGAGUAGUAGUGCAGGUGCUUUUUAUGGCACAGUUGCAGCUGCGAGACACAUUAACAAAGGAGGUGCGGGGUUAUGAUGACAAAUUGGGAAAAGAAGAAGAGGAGGAAGAAGCAAACAUGGGUUGCAGGGAGGAUAAAGUGAGAAUGGAAAUGGAAAAAAUGAGCAUCAAGGUGAAGGAGCUAGAGAAGGAGUGCAAUGUUAUGAAGAAAGAAAUCACAAGCAGCAACAGCAGGCAAAAAGUGAAAAAGGGAAAGGUGAACAUGUGGAAAGAAAUGAAGAGGAAGUUUGGAUGCAUGAGUAGCAUGAAUGACUUUCAUUGCCAGGUCAAGAAGAAGAAGGUGCAUCCAAAAUUGGGCAUAUGAUCUUCUGAUAUAUUUUCAGUUCCUUCGUAUUCAUAUUUCCUGCUCAAUUUUCCAAGGUUUACCGGCUAAUAUUCAGAUUGUUUUACUGGAGGCCUUGAAGUAAUACAGCACCUAAGUAGUAGUCUGACAACUAUUUCCUUCAAUAAUUACCAAGUUUACUGCUUCAGUUCGAGUAAGUCAGCUGGGAAACAUAAUUUUUAUAGCAGUAGGUCAACAUAAAGCCUGAACGUUAGUCACAAGGCCAAAACCACUCCUGAACAUCAAAUGGCCAGAACAUGAAGUUGAUUGAUUCUGUGUCUACUGCCUUGUUAAAGCAAGUUUAGAACUCGUAUUUAACAUUUCUUUGCGAUUUCAGUUAACAUGAAAGGGUUUCAUUUUAUAUCGAAGACUGUAACUAUUAAUCCUUAUGUUGCAUCCUUC